AUGCUAAAAAUUUUGAUGAAACGAAUCAUAUGUCUGCUUUAUCUCUGUUGUAUCGUGCACUGCACGUGUUUUGAAGACGAAGAAGAAACAAGAAAAGAAAACAUCGGGAUAUUAGCGAAUAAGCAGCAUGUGUCAAAGGGUAUUUAUCCUAUCAACACCAACAAAAAUGAAGACACAGACAAUAAUUGUUUUGAACUGUUACGAUCAGAAAGUUGUGCAAGGAGAAACGGUAUAAGUUCCGAACAUGAUCAGAACGAAAUCGCAAGAAAAAAACACUUUCCAAGUUCUCAAUGCCAUACAAACAUCGAUUCACAUGUAAGAUGUGCUUUGCAAAGAAAAGAUCCAAGUUUACCACACAAUAGUAUUCAUCAACUGAGGACGAGAAAAGCAUCUGUGCAUAGUUUUCCAACAUAUGAAAGCAGUACUGUUGAAACAAAUCCCCUACAUUAUAAUCAGGCCAUAGAUAAAGAUGAACCAAGGGAGAGUUAUCUUAGAUCUAGACGAAAAAGCAUACGUGAAAUUGAAGAGAACAAAAUAACGCUGGUUACCACGUGGAAAAGAGAAAUGGCAAAACAUAACGUACAAUCUGCUUAUAGAAAUAGCUACACUCCAAGUGAACAUUUGCAAACAGACAGAAAAGGAAAAUCAGGAUACAAUAAAUUACCUACGAGAAUAGGUUCAGAUGGCUCGGAACGCAAUGAGACAACGAGUUCAGAGGAAAUGUGGGAAGAUAUUAUUAUUAUUGAUCUCCCGUCUAUCAAAUUUCAAGUCUGUCAGCUUAAAAAAAGGUUUAGGUCAUAUUUAACUGCAAAUUCACGUGAAAAGAAACUGCAGAAGCAAACUACACGGUUUAGUCCCCCUCUACAGCAAUUCGGUAACAACAAUAGCAAUUUCAUACCUAGUCCCGGAAAAGUAAUGGUGUACGACAAUGAUAUGCUUUCGGUUAAAAUUUUACAUUACAUAGAGCUCUUGCUAGAUUUUAUGGAAGAUUUUGCAGAAGAGGUAUAUUAUCUCGAAGACAUUAGCGAUCCUUCGCUUAGCGAAAAAGAUGUAUCGAUAAAAUUACUUUAUAUGGUCAUGAACAUGGUUUCAAAGAAGCGUAUAAGUGCAUGCCCGAAAACGUUUGAUCUGACAACGUUUAUGUCAGAAUUUGAAAGUACCUUCGAUAAUAUGUGUAGCGAAUUUAUGAGGUCCUAUCUCAGAUUUGGCAGCGUUUUGUCACGAUUACAUGGUAAGCAAUUUUUUCCUGGGAACGAACGAGUAAUAGAUGGAUUACAGGAAAACAAUCAACAAAAUGGAGAGUUAGGAGUAAAUAAAAACGGUGAAAUGUGGGUCAAGGUUCGUAAAACAUGGAGGCGACGACUAAUUCAACGAAAGAAUUCGCUAAAACAGCGUAGCGAUUACCCGAGACGAACAAUACUAGGACAAAGGUUCAAAAGAUUUAGGCAUGCUAGCGAACAGGCAAAAAAACAGAGACACAGGAUGGAUGUAGAGUUUAUGAAAUCAGAAUUAUAUCAAAUUUUUAAAGAAUUGCAUCGUUUUAUUGGAUAUUUUCGACAAGAUUUUAUGUUUCAUGUGUUACCUAAAUUGAAACAAGUUUGCACGCUGCUAACGAAUCGAAUAAAUGAUUUAACCAAUGACGUUGACGUAAAAAAUUCUCGGAUGUAUGAAGAAGACAGUACCUAUAGUGAAAAAAAAGUCGAUGGUGACACACAUGCUGGUACCAACCAUGUUCCAUUCGAAAGAUCGAAGAAGUCAUUAAGAGGUUACUAUAAAAUAUUGAAAUGUCGUCGAAGAAACGUAAACGUUUUAACAAUAAUAAUUGUGAACAUGAUCAACAGGCUAAACAGGAAUAUCAGGGAUAUAAAAUUUCAUAUUGAACAAUUAGAAGCAGAGUGGGAGUGGAUUGACGGAUAAAG